GCCGCGCGCGGGCGGCCGUUGGCGCUGAAACGAUGGCGGCGAAGGCGGCCGCGGCGGCGAUGGGGCCUGCGGCGGUCGCGGCGCGGACGAUGGAGCUGCCCUCAGAGGGCGACCGGCGUCUGGCCCAGUUCCUGCGGCAGGUGGACGAGACCGAUAUGGUGUGGCUGGAUGAGAUCUACGAGGAGGCGGUCAAGAUGUUUGUCAGCAACUACAGCGAGGAGCUCGAGCUGAUGCCCAAGACACCGUCGCAGAAGAAACGGCAGCGGAGGAAGAGGGUAUCGGCCUUACAGGAAGAGCCGGAGUCCGGCAGGAAGCGCCUCUCCAGGAGGAGGAACGGCAGCAGCAGACCUUCUGUGCGGUCUUCUCAGCGAUUCAAGAACAAAGAAAACCUGGAACUCAGCAGGGCCGAGGCCAAGGAAGACUCUCCACCACUGCGUGUGACACGAUCCCGGGCUGCAGCUUCUGCCAGAGGCUCCAAGGUGGUUCCUGAGACCCCUACUGCCCUGCAGGCAGCAGGGAAGGAUCCCUGGGUGCAAGCUGACCAUGUUGGUACUGCAGUGUCUCUCCAGAGGAGCGGGGCAAAGCCUGCAGAGCUGCUCCCCAUGAGCUCAGGGAACGGCUCUCCCGAGGAACAUGGUGCUCCCAAGUCGCCGCUGGUGCCCACAGCCCCUGAGCUGGUGCUGCCCUGUACUCCCGAGGCCAGCCAGGCCGUGCCCGAGCCACAGCCAGCCAGGGCAGCCAAUGUCACCGUCAUCCUGAGCCCAGGGGCUGGACUGAAGGAGGGGGAUGGCUCCCCACAGGAUCACAGCCAGGCUCAGGAGCCCUCCCAGCCCCUGAGGAGCAACCCAGGGACUCCGACCGGCUCCAGGCUCAGCCGCCGCUCUGUGCGCCGGAGCCUGAUGGGGAAACCCUCCCUGAGCCGCAGAACCUCCCUGGCAGAGAAAUACUCCCUGGCCAGCAAGAGGGAGAGCAUGAUCCGGGCAUCCACCGCCAGGGCAGCGGGCAAGAAGAGGGCGACUCAGAAGAGAUUUGUGUCCUCCAGCUCUGUGGAUUCCUCCAGCUCCAUAAGUGUGCCAGAGGAUGAAGAAACCGUUGUCAAAACUGGGCCUCCUCCUGGACCCUCCACCCCCUCCAAGCUGGAAUCCCAAAACCCUCGGAUGUCCCUUCGCUCCCACACAGUCAGCAAACAUGGGCAGCCCCAGGAGCAGAACAGCAGUGAAAACAACUUAAAUAAGAAUGGGGGGAGCCUGGAGCCACCCCAGAGUGCCAGGAGGAAGCCGAGCUACAAGAGAGCCGUGGAUGAGCGCUACGACCACCAGCAGGCAGAGGAGGGAGGGCUGUCUCCUCUCAGGAAGAAGACCCCAUCCCCAGUCCUCCCAGCCAGCAAGGUGGUGCGCCCGUUCAAAACGUUCCUGCACACGGUGCAGAAGAACCAGCUCCUCAUGACACCGAGCUCUGUCGGGAGGAAUGGAGUCAUAAAAUCCUUCAUCAGGUACAACACCCCUCUCCAGGCUGAUCCCAAGGAGAAGGAGAGGCAGAAGCUGGAGACUCUGCGGAAGAAGCAAGAAGCUGAGCAGCUGAGAAGGCAAAAGGUGGAGGAGGAGAAGAAACGGCGACUCGGAGAGGCGAAGCUGAAGCGCGAGGAACGCCUGCGCAAGGUGCUGCAAGCCCGGGAGCGGGCGGAGGAGAUGGAGAAGGAGAGGAAGAGGAGGAUUGAGCAGAAGAUUGCGCUGUUUGAUGAGAAGACCGAGAAGGUGCGGGAAGAAAGGCUGGCAGAGGAGAAGAUCAAGAAGAGAGUGGCUGCAAGGAAGAUGGAGGAAGCUGAGGCCCGGCGCAGACAAGAGGAGGAGGUCAGGAGACAAAGAGCUCUGCAGCAGGAGGAGGAGGAACGGCGGCGCAGGGAGCUGAUGCAGAGGAAGAAGGAAGAGGAGCAGGAGCGUGCCCGGAAGAUCGCUGAGCAGAGGCAGGCAGAACUGGAGCGGGAGAGGCAGCUGGCUGCAGAGAGAGAACUGGAGAGGAAGAGGGAGCAGGAGCGGAUCCAGGCAGAAAAGCUCCGGGAGCAGCAGGAGAGGGCUGCCCGCCUGCAGAAGGAAGAAGCGUCUGCUAAGGAGCGGCUCCGGAUGGAGAUGGAGAAGAAGGAGAGGGAGCAGCAGAUGCUGGUGGAGAAGAAGAGGCAGGAGGAAGAGCAGAAGAAACUGUCAGAGGAGCAAAAGGCCAAAGACAAUGCCCGGGCACCACUCCAGGAGAACAAGGAGAAUUCCCCUGCCUGCAACUCGUAUGAGAUGACUCCACAGAGCAGGAAGGAACUCAAGGUGCCUUUGACAAGCUCCAACGACUACGGGAUGGACCUGAACAGCGAUGACUCGACAGAUGACGAGAGCCAGCCACGCAAGCCUGUCCCUGCCUGGGCCACUGGGAAUCUGCUCAGCCAGGCUGUGAUCCGGCAGUACUACAACCCCCCUGACGUGGACGCGCUGUUCGGGGCCAUCCCCAGCCCCAAGCUGGAGGACAUCUUCUACAAGAACAAACCCCGCUACUUCAAGCGCACGAGCUCAGCCGUGUGGCACUCCCCGCCCACCAUGGCGGCCAAGCCGGCCCUGGGGCUGCCCUGCGGCCUCAAGAAGCCCUGAGGUGAGCCCAGGUGUGCAGCAGGUGUGCCUUCCUGUCUCCAGGUGAGGAAGGAGUCACUCUUCACUUUAAGUAUUUAGGUUCUAGCAUUGGAUAAAUGGCAGCUUUUCCUGGGUUCCCGCGCCUCGGUUUGCGGGGCUGGUUUCUGUCAGGCCAAGCCACGAGGUGCUGUCCUGGGAAGUGCCUCUCUUGUACCCUUAGCUUGGAGCUGGCAUGGACUCAGAUCUUCAGCGGGUGAGCGCUGUCACCUGAAGCUGUGGGAUGCCCCCUCUGUGUCACACAGGCCUGGCAGGCCCUGCCAUUCCUCGGUUGUACGUCUGUGCUACUCUCGAGGCCAGUGACAGCCAGGGACCACUGCACCAGGGCACAGUCCGGCCUACUCCACUGCUCUUCUCAGGAAGGUGUUCCCAGGUGUGCUCUUCAUCUCCUGCAAUCCCAAAGGGAUUCGUUGCUCUGUUCCCACCUGUGUGGUGAUGUCCAGCAGCUGGGCACGGCCGACGUUGGCACAGCUGGGGCAGGAACAUCAUGAGGGUCUCAGUGACGUUCUGCCAGCUGUGGAGAGAUGUGACCAAGGUGUGACCAUGUCCCCGAGGACCUGCAAGUGUGUGAGCCAGCUCUAGGCCUUGAUAGGAGAAACUCUGCAAGGGUUUUGGCAGAUUUUUUUUGUUUCUCAGUGAAAUUCCAUCUGUGAGGCCAGAUGGGAUUUGAGAGGAUGUUUUUAACCUUAAUCCCUCUUGUUCACCCUUGGCUGUGGCUCAGCAUCAGCUCGUUGUCUCGGCCUGUUUAGCACUUCCUGUUCAGUAAGCCACUGCUAACCGGACUCUGGCCAUCCCAAUUUCAUUGAACCAAAAAUUCCAGCUCAGCCUUCCCAUUCCAGGAGUCCGUGGUGGUUUAGUCAUUCCUUCUGCACCCAGCCCAGCCCUGUAAAACCCCUGUAGAUACUGUGCUUUGUGUGAGGGGACAUGAUCCUGUCUGUGUCUGUAGCCAACGUGCUGUUUGCCAGCAGAUGUUCUUCAAAAGAAACAAAAUAUUAAAUUUUGUUUUUAAAUUAAAUACAAAAGGUUUUGUAUUUAAAUACACUGGUGUCUGUAUGCUGGGGCUGCUUUGUACGUGCAGAUCUGUAUCUGUGGAGUGUCUGUGCUGCUGGGGUUGCUGUGUAGAUCCAGGUCUGGCUAUUGCUGUCUGUACCCAUGGAGUGCCUGUGUUUCCGUUGGCUGUCCUGUGCAUCCAGGUCUGUAUCCGUGCAACCGCGACUUCUUGUACAAAAGCUUCUGAGUUGGCCAAACACUGUUGGAUAAAGUGAGUUUAAUCAUC